AUGGCAGGAAAGGCAUUGCUCAUUGCCGCUCUUGGCUCCUUGGCCAUGGCUGUUCCCCUGGAGGGUUCUCUGGAGGAACGUCAGUCAUGUGCUGCUAUGUAUGGACAGUGUGGAGGAAUAGGGUGGAACGGAGCUACUUGCUGUGCGACUGGAAGCGUCUGCACUAAAGGCAACGACUACUAUAGUCAAUGUCUGCCCGGAAGUGCUUCUGCCACAACGACUUCAGUUGCCACGACAUCUCGAACAAGCACUACAGUGGCUUCGUCAACCUCAAAGGCCUCUACUACCACCAGCGCAACCCGAACCUCGACCACGGCUCCUGCUGGAAGUGGGACUGCCACAUGGUCCGGCAACCCCUUUGUUGGCGUGAACCAGUGGGCCAACUCUUACUAUGCUUCUGAAGUCACAGCCUAUGCUGUGCCAACUCUAGGAGCGAAGGCAGCAGCUGUUGCUAAGGUCCCCAGCUUCAUGUGGCUCGACACUCUCUCCAAAGUCGACCUGAUGGCUACUACGCUUGCGGAUAUCCGUGCAGCGAACAAGGCUGGUGGUACACCAAAUGCCGGCAUCUUCGUCGUCUACGAUCUGCCAGAUCGUGACUGUGCAGCUGCUGCGUCAAAUGGCGAGUACUCUAUCGCCAACGGUGGUGUUGCAAAGUACAAGGCAUAUAUUGAUGCGAUCGUAACGUUGAUCAAGCAGUAUUCUGAUGUGCGCAUCAUACUUGUCAUUGAACCGGACAGUUUGGCUAACUUGGUCACCAACUUGAGUGUCUCCAAAUGCGCCAAUGCUAAAAGCGCUUAUCUGGAGUGUACCAACUAUGCUCUAGAGAACCUCAACCUCCCCAAUGUGGCCAUGUAUCUCGAUGCCGGCCAUGCCGGAUGGUUGGGCUGGCCCGCCAAUUUAUCGCCAGCUGCAUCCUUGUUUGCCCAAGUCUACAACGAUGCCGGCAAGCCAGCCGCCGUUCGUGGACUCGCCACCAACGUUGCUAACUACAAUGCUUGGAGUCUCAGUUCAGCCCCUUCUUACACACAAGGCAACUCGAACUAUGAUGAGUCCCACUACGUGAGCGCCAUUGCGCCCCUUCUGUCAGCUGCUGGUUUCGAUGCCCACUUCAUUACCGACAGCGGUCGCAGCGGCAAGCAGCCAACGGGCCAGCAGGCCUGGGGCGAUUGGUGCAACGUUAUUGGAACCGGCUUCGGCACCCGUCCCACUACCAAUACCCCGAGUGAGCUGCUGGAUGCCUUUGUCUGGGUCAAGCCCGGCGGCGAGUGUGAUGGCACAAGCAAUACCACUGCUACCCGAUACGACUACCACUGCGGGUUGUCAGACGCGCUUCAGCCCGCUCCGGAGGCUGGGAGCUGGUUUGAGGCCUACUUUGAACAGCUCUUCAACAAUGCCAACCCAGCUUUCACAUAA